GAGUUCAAAACUGAAGUUUCCCAGCUGUCUGAAAGGGUGGUUCUUGAAACAUAGCUUUAGUUUCCUCAGUGUUGUUCCACAGUUGAAAAGUUCUAACUCUGAGACUUGAUCAUGUAUGUGCUGAAUUGCUUCUCCAUCCACCUGCUGCUCCUCUUCUCCUCUCUGUCUGAAGUGGUUGAUUCCUCAGAUGAAGAUUUUGCACACGAUGAUGCGUGGUGUCGGUUUAGCUCCAGAGAUUUACAUGAUAUGGAGUAUAUUUUAGAGCAUCAUUUUAACAAGAUCAUGGUGGCUCAGUACAACAGCACCACAGAGAGGUGGACAGGAUACACAGCAUGGGGAGUGAUAUCUGCAGAAAAGUGGAAUGAGGACCCAGAUGAGAUCCCCAGGAGGAGAUCAGAUAUGGAUGUGUUAUGCAAGCCAUAUGCUAAUCGGAUCUACAACACAACAGAGAUGUUUAUGGUUGAGCCCAAUGUCACACUGAGGCUAGAGGGAACAUCCAGUGACUCCAGCCUUGUGUGUAGUGUCCACUUCUUCUACCCCAAACACAUCAGAGUGACGUGGCUGAGGAAUGGGGAGGAAGUGACCUCAGAUGUGACUUCCACUGACGUACUGGCCAAUGGACUCUGGAGCUACCAGAUACAGUCCUAUUUGAAGUACACACCCACAACUGGAGAGAGGAUCACCUGUAUGGUGGAGCACAUCAGCCAGACUGAGCCCAAACUUCAUUACUGGGACCCCUCCUUGCCUAAGUCUGAGAAGAAUAAGAUAGUGAUCGGUGUCUGUGGGCUGCUGCUGGGGGUGGUCUUUGUAGUAGCUGGACUGAUCUACUGGAAGAAAUCAACUGGACGGCUGUUGGAUCUUAUUGGUGAACUUGAUUAUGGGACUUGUGAUUGAGGCCGUGUGGACGAAGGCUUGCUGAUCAAAUCCCUGUCGUUAACUGAUGGUUGCUGAUAUAGUUUGCUUUUUAGCUGCUGUUGCCUCUAGCAGCUGCCCCCCCCUAUUCAAAAUGCCAACAUUGCACCAACCAUGGCCUGCUUGCCAACAGUUAACCAACUACACUCUGGAAAAAAAGGGUAAUUUGUGGAGGGGAAGAGGUUCUACCUAGAACCCUUCUCAAACGAACCCUUUUUGAAAGCCCACUGGGAACAGACGUCAGUUCAAUGUCUAGUUAGUUGUCAACUAACGUGCAUUCAACGUGAAAUCAAUAAAACGUCACCAUGUCAUUGAAUUUUUUUCACAAUUCAGUGAAAAAAAUAUGAAAUGCCCUUAAGUUGUUGACUUUGCAAAUUCAAUCAGCUUUCCACAUUGAUUCACAUAUAAUUAUUGGGGUUGAAAUGAAGUAGAAACAACGUUGACCAGUAUUUGCCCAGUGGGAGGUUCUACAUGGAUCCUUUUUCAUGUAAAUGGAUCCUUUUUUAAAAAUAUAUUAUAUUAUAUUAUUAUAUAUAUUAUUAUUAUAUUAUUAUUAUUAUCAGAAUUUAACAUCAGAAAUCAUUUCUGUUUAGCAAAAAUGUAGAUAUUAUAGUUUAAUUUUAAGAAAUUAGCUUGCCUAGGAAUUUGUGGAGGAGUAGCCUUCACUGUCAUUUGUGCAAAUGUACUCCUAUUCAUCAUCGAAUCUAAAUCCAGUUCAUGUAUCUUUAUCCACCAGCCCAACCUUUACUUGUGUGUUUUAAUGUAGACUGAGUUGUCCCUUUAAUUCUCCCUUUAAUGUCCUGUUGAUUACUCACACCAGUGGCCUCCUGCCUCAAGGGCUCAGUUUGUUCAAAUGGAGGACUCUGUUGAGUGUGUGGAAGGUACUACGGAGAUGUCUGCAAGUUGUUAAUAAAAAAUAAGCUAUAAGCAA